AUGUUUCUAUAUCCAUUCGUUAGACAACCUACAAUUCGAAUAUCGCUUCAUAUAACAUCAAAAUGGUCACUCUUUAAAAUAUCAUCUACAACAUUAUCAAUACGUUCUUUACGAUAUAAUUCAUCAUCAUCACUACCUUCUCAAAGCAAAUCAAUUGCAAAAAAAAAUCAAAUUCUAAAUCAAAAUCAAAUUUUGAAACAAGAACAAAUACUAGACAAACCAAUUGAAAAUGAACCCCAUAACCUAAAUGAAAACAAAUUGACAGAAACUCCAAAUCAAAAUGACAAACAAAUCCCAAUUUCUCAAAUUUCAAAAUUAUCAAAACCAUUAUUUGAUCCAUCAAUAUGGACAGUACCCAACAUAUUAACAUAUACAAGAAUAAUAACAACUCCAAUUAUAGGAUAUUUUAUAAUCAAACAAAAUUUUAUAAUUUCAAUGUAUUUAUUUACUUAUUCAUGUAUAACAGAUUUUAUUGAUGGUUAUAUAGCAAGAAAAUAUAAUAUGAAAAGUAUAAUUGGAUCUAUAAUUGAUCCAUUAGCUGAUAAAUUUUUAAUGACAGUAUGUGUAUUAUCAUUAACUUAUAUUUCAUCAAUACCAUGGGGAGUUGCAACAAUUAUAAUUGGUAGAGACUUAAUAUUAAGUUUUAUGUCAAUUUAUUAUAGAUACAAGAGUUUACCACAACCAAAAACUUUUAAUAAAUUUGUUAGUAUUGGACAAAUUCCAACUAUAUCAGUACAUCCUAAUUUCUUGGGGAAAUUUAAUACUUUUUUACAAAUGUUAUAUAUUGGAAGUUUAGUAUAUAAACCAUUAUUAGACAAUUAUAUAACUAAUACAUCAUUAUAUUUUGAUGGAUUUGGUUAUUUAGUUGGUAUAACUACUUUUUUAAGUGGUUUAAAUUAUAUUUUUAAUAAAAAUUCAUGGAAGUAUAUAAAAUAA